AUGCUGCGGACACCGUCAAUUAUCGUUGAUAGCCAAUAUGACACAUCUUCUCCAUUGGUCCGGUCUAUUGAAGAUCACGAUCAGAUACGAUGGGGCUCAAUAUCUUCAACACAGCCUGUUCUUUCAGGCCCAGAACAAAUUCGCGUAUAUCACGAAUGGAUUGAUGCUGGGAGGCCUCAUAAUAUAGUUUGUUGGGAGUGUCGUCUCCCUGACAGUCUGAUUGGUUGCCAGACAUGCUGUAGAUCCUAUCAUACAGCAUGUCUAUUGGAUGUGGUUCGUUCUGCAAAUAACUUCCAUUGUCCGUCUUGCCGGGCAAGAGCUUGGGAUCAUGCACCGCCCCAGUUUCCCGUGCCAUCCCCAGCCCCAAGCACUGGUGGGACAACCCCAAAGAGCCACUCAGACCCGUCAUCUGGAAAUAUUCCAAUUCGUGCUGAUAGAUCACCAACGGCAUCACGGGGUAAAUCCUCGGCGGCCCCGCGGAUGAUGGAUCCCCGGUCUUUGAACCGUAUUGAUGAAAUCAAUGCUCGCGGUACGCCAUCUGAGGUAUCUCCUGUUGCAGAGUCGUACCCUCAGCUUCUGGAAUAUCUAGCGCUGCCAGAUGCUGAGACAGAUCACCAUGCCCAAUCGUCACAGUUCAAGCAUCAAUUGGGAACGGCGAUAAAAGAGAUUGAAUCAAAUCGGGCCUCAAUGCGAGACAAGGCGAACAUCCGAGAAGACUAUUCACGAUUGCAGCGCGAAUGCACAAAUCAAAGCGGAUUCACCCUGAGAUUCUACCAUCCCCAGCCCUUCAACGGUUCCACACAACAUCAGCUCAAGACCGACGUCUGA